AUGUCGGACAACUUCACCGAUUUCGAAUUCAACAACACGACGCAGCCGGUGGCUGCUGCGGUGGCUCCAGACUACAACUUUCCAGCUCUUAUAUUCGGGAUAUUGCUAAUCAUUGUGAUUAUCGGUGGAAAUGUGCUUGUGUGUCUUAGUGUUUACAUGGAAAAAGCUUUAAAAACUACGACAAACUACUUCAUUGUGAGUUUGGCUGUUGCGGAUCUACUGCUGGCCGUGCUGGUGUUGCCGCUGUUCGUGUACGCAGAGUUCCAGGGUGGUGUGUGGUCCCUGAACAUGAUGCUGUGUGACGGUCUGAUGUCCAUGGAUGUGAUGCUGUGCACAGCCUCCAUCUUCAACCUCUGCGCCAUCAGCGUCGACAGGUUCAUUGCUGUGUCAAUCCCUCUGAACUACAACAGGAAGCACGUUGACCAGCGUCAGAUCAUCCUGCUGUCAGGCACCUGGCUCAUAGCCCUGGCCGUGGCCUCCCCCGUCAUGUUGGGUAUCAACAACAUCCCCCAGCGGGACCCCACCGAGUGUAAGCUGGAAGAUGACAACUACGUGGUCUACUCCUCUGUCUGCUCCUUCUUCAUCCCCUGCCCCAUCAUGCUCCUCCUCUACUUCGGCAUGUUCCAGGGCCUGAAGAGGUGGGAGGAGGCGCGCAAGGCCAAGCUGAGGAACAGCAUCCAGACAUGUAGGAAGCUUCAGCAUGCAGCCGCAGCCUCCGCCAUGCCAACCUCAGGGACCAUCCCCGGGCCGCUGCCCAUGCCCCUGCCCAGGAUCAUCGAAAGGGACCUGGCUCAGGCCCGGCUGGGGCUGGAGGAUACCGAUGACUAUCUGCAGCCGGACUGCCCCCCGUUCCCCUCGGCGUACAGGGAGAGGAUCAGCUCCGUGCCGUCCAUCGCCUACCAGCAGAAGCCACCGCAGAAGAGAAAGCGAGCCAAGAUCAACGGCAGGGAGAGGAAGGCCAUGAGGGUUCUUCCUGUUGUGGUGGGUUGCUUCCUGUUCUGCUGGACCCCGUUCUUCGUCGUCCACACCACGCGGGCCCUGUGUGCUACCUGCUACAUCCCACAGGCCCUGAUAAGCACCGUCACCUGGCUGGGCUACGUCAACAGCGCCCUCAACCCCAUUAUCUACACGGUCUUCAACACGGAGUUCAGGAAGUUCUUCAAGAAGUCCCUCCACUCAUUCAGCUGCUGCUGA